GAUUAUUUUAAAUUAAUGCAUAACUCUUCCUUAAUGCUGUGCCUAUAAUGAAUAUUAUCAGAACGUAUUCUCAUAUAUGUUUCUCCCACGAAAAUUAAAAACAAAUCAGCCUACUUCGCACUACAUAAUAGAAUAAUCAGGAAGAAUUAUCUUAAAUUAAUUCAGAAUACCUCAAUCGUCUUUACUCGCCAUCUUGGUUAUAAUUAUUUAUUAUCAUCAUCAUUAUUAUUAUGGAUACUACAAAUGGAUAUGAUCACAUAUUGAACACGCUGAAUUCAACAGUAAAUUUGCAUUUCAUUGUGUUGACUAACAAAAAUAAAAUUAUAUUAUAUUCACUUUUCUUUUCUAGAUUAAUUACUUGUGUAAUUUAUUGCAUCAAAUGUCAUCAGCUGAAAUGCAUUAUGCCUAUAAAUUAUUUAAUCAUUUGUGUGAGUAUACAAUUGAAUUACUCGUGAAUAAAUUAAUUUCAAAUCAAGCUGAAUAUAUUCAUCAUAAUGAAGUGAAUAAACAAAUAUUGAACUUUGUACAAUUGAAACAUUCAACAAAUUGUGAUUUAUUAUUUAAUGAGACAAAGCUGACAAAUACCAAUACGAAUGAGUACAACUCGAACCCUCAGUUCAAUGAAAUGAUUUGGAGCCAAAUUGAUAGAUCAAACUCUUCCAAUUGUAAUCCAAUUGAUUUAAGUCAAAAAGUUGACUCACCCAGUCACCUUGAUAUGUCUACGAAAUCAGUCAACAAGUGUUCUAAUAAUUGGGGUGAUUUACCUCAGAAAAAUCACUACAUAUCUGAAACGAUGAAUAACAAUCAAUCGAUGAACAGUCAUUCUGAGGAGAUGAAAUCGAAUGAUAUUAUUGAUCUUACCAGUGGAACUAAGGCAAUGAGAACAUCACCACCAGCGACAACACACACCAGCUCAAAUUCAAUCACUUAUAAGCUCAAUUCAGAUCAAUCAUUAUUAUAUGACGAGAAAAGAAGCACAAAAGAUUCUCAUAGACCGAUGAAUCCUAACUGUACUAACGAUCAGCGUCAAGUUACUCUGAGAUCUCAAAAUCAAUCAAUGAAAGAAGUUCAGAAUUCAAGCAAAAUGCAUGCGUCAAAAACACCAGCUAUAAACUCAAUACAAUUCAAAUUGAUACCAGUUGAUAGGACAGGAAUGCCGCUGAAAACUCCUGGCUUAAUUAAUAAUACUCAUAAGUUAUAUAUAUCAAGUCCAUUUCCUAUUGGUAAUAAUAUAAGUAGUAUAUAUUUAAUGCCUAAAAAUAUGACAUCAUUUAUAAAUCCCACAAAUAAUGUGUCUUCUAUACAACAGACAUUAAAUUUACUACAUCAGAAUAGAAGAGAUGAUAGUGACGGCGACGCUUAUGUUGAUGUUGAUAAUAAAGGUCACGUCAGUGGCGGAAUACACGAUCACCAUCACUAUAAAGAAGACAAUGACACCGUGAUGAAGGAUGAAAUCAAUAAUGUACCUCAUGCAAAGGGAGAAAAGGAAAGAUGUUCGACUUGCAACUUAAGUUUUAAACAUCCAAUAGAUUUUUUUAAACAUAUUCAAAUGGUUCAUGUUGGAUUACAAUUCAGGAAUAGAGUAAAUUUGUCAAAAUACCCAGAGAAAACAAUAAGGACAUCACCAAUUAAAAGACAUUUCCCCACUGAACAUUUGAAACCCUCUAAAAGUAAACCUCAUCAUGCUGACAAUGAUAGUGAUAAUAAUAAUAAUAAUAAUAAUAAUGAAGGUGUUGAAAGUGACAUCAAUAAUUAUGAUAAUAAUAACAUCAGCAAUGAAGGCAAUGAUAAAGUCAACGAUGACGAUAACUGUUGUGGUGUUGGUGGCGGUGGCGGUGACGACGACGUCGGUGAUGAUCACGGCAAUGAAGAUAAUGAUGAUGAUGAUGAGGAGGAGGAUGACGGUGACGAGGAUAUGAAGGAAGAAGACAAUGAUGAGUAUAUCCCAGUGAAAUCAACAUUAUGUAAUACUAGACAAAGACCAUAUGAAUUUAGACGAAUGAAGAAAUCGGAAUCAUUGACUGGUUGAUUGGUUGAUUGAUCGACUGGACGAAAGUCAUCAGUAUAUAUAUUCCUAAUAUAUACAUAAUUAGACAUUCA